CCCACCUACAUGGAACCUCAGAAUCUAACAGGUGUCUCAGAUUUCCUCCUCCUGGGCCUCUCAGAGGAUCCAGAGCUGCAGCCCCUCAUCUUCGGGCUGUUCCUGUCCCUGUACCUGAUCACCGUCCUGGGGAACCUGCUCAUCAUCCUGGCUGUCAGCUCUGACCCCCACCUCCACACCCUAUACUUCUUCCUCUCUAGUCUGUCCCUGGAUGACACUGGUUUCAGCACCACCACCGUCCCCAAGAUGCUGGUGAACAUCCAGCCCAGCAAGUCCAUCUCCUAUGCAGGCUGCCUCACUCAGGUGUCCUUUUUUGUUCUUUUUGCGUGUAUGGACAACCUACUCCUGGCUGUGAUGGCCUAUGACCGGUUUGUGGCCAUCUGCCACCCCCUGCACUACCCGGCCAUCAUGAGGCCCCGCCUCUGUGGCCUGCUGAUCAUGGUGUCAUUUGUCAUCAGCCUUUCAGACUCCCUGACUCACUGUUUGAUGGUGUCCCAACGUACCUUCUGCACAGAUGUGGAUAUCCCUCAUUUCUUCUGUGACAUCCCUCAGCUUAUCCACCUCGUCUGCUCCAACACCUCCACCAGUAACAUAUUAAUCUAUUCUGUUGGUGCCAUCUUUGGUGGCAUCCCAGUCUCGGGGAUCCUUUACUCUUAUACUAGAAUUGUCUCCGCCAUUCUGAGAGUCCCCUCGGCAGGGGGGAAGUCCAAAGUCUUCUCCACCUGCGGCUCUCACCUGGCCGUGGUUUGCCUGUUUUAUGGCACAGGCCUUGGGCUGUACCUCAGAUCAUCUGUGUCCCCCUCCCCCAGGAAGGGUGUGGCAGCCUCGGUCAUGUACACGGUUGUCACCCCCAUGCUGAACCCAUUCAUCUACAGCCUGAGGAACAGGGACAUCAAGAGGGCGCUGCAGAGGAUUAUCAGCAGAGCAGCCUGA